CUUCCGCGCAUGCGCACAAAGACGCUCAGAAACUCUGAAAAAGUCGGCAACAAAAGUGGCAAAUAGUAAUAAAUGGCUAUGAAGGAACUUGGGGUCUGCUGGAGAAACUGGGAACAGACAAACGGAUAAAACGCUCACAGUCUUCAUAUAUUAUCUAAAGCCAAUCCCGGGUGCAGUUUAAAAAGAAAAGGUUUGCAGGAUGAUGUCAGACGCUAGUGAGAUGUUGGCAGCUGCCUUGGAGCAGAUGGAUGGAAUCAUCGCAGGCUCCAAGGCCAUGAAUUACACCAACGGUCUGUUUGACAGCCAGUCUCCCAGCUCGCCUAUGUUAGGCAGCCUGCGUGCAGUCCACCUCCUAGAGGAACUGCGGGGGACACUUGAGCUGAUGGACGCAGACGAGCGGGAGAACCUGUGCAGCCAAAUCCCAGAGAACACUGCCGAGGGCCUGAUGGAGUGGCUGCAGACCAGACUGAUUAACGGUCAUGGAUCCUCAGCGAGGGAUUUGGCGUAUCAGGAGAGACUGUCUCGGCUAGAGAGCGACAAGGAAUGUCUGGUGCUGCAGGUGAGUGUUUUGACCGAUCAAGUGGAGGUGCAAGGAGAAAAGAUAAGGGACCUAGAGAUGUGCCUCGAGGAACACCGGAUGAAACUGAAUGCCACAGAAGAAUUACUUCAGCAGGAGUUGCUUAGCAGGAGCAUGUUAGAGACCCAGAAACUGGAGUUGUUGACGGAGGUAUCCAGCCUGAAACUGAAGCUUACAACCGCAGAUCAUGAGGACAAGGAGAGUGAGGCUCUUUAUCAAGUGCUGAGUGAAAUGCGCCACAGAGCGACUACUGCAGAGACAGAAAAAGUGCAACAGGAAAGAAGCCUGAAAUCAACCAGAGAUGAACUGGUGGCUAUGCAGAAGCAGCUAGAAGAGCGGGAGCAGGAGCUGAGGAGACUGAAGGAGCGAGCUGAGGUCGUGACCUCUGAUGGAAGCCAGAGCCGAGAGAAAGAUUUGGAUGUGCAGAGAAUGAAGCAAGUUGUUGAGUCUUUAAUGGAGUCUAACAAUGAAAAGGAACGUAAGAUUGAAGAGUUGCAGCAGUCCCUGAUGCUCUGUAGGAAAGUCCAGGAUGCGGCGAUGUCCGUGCAAGAAAAGAAUGACAGAGUCGAUGAAGAAGACACAGAGACGGGACGGUGUGAAAGUUCAUCCAAAUCCGCAACCACUACAGUUACUGAGACUCAUUUCCUCACAGGCGCAGGGGAGACUGAUGAGCCUCAGGUGAUUCCCUGCACCGAGUUUCUCCCCAAGUCCUCUGAAUACAAAUUCGCAGCUGAUGCUGAUCCAUGCCUUCUAACACACAGUUCCUCUGAGAGGCUUGGAUCAGAAAACUCAUCUAACAGAGAAGAGGCUGAGUCUGGAGAAAGCCCAGAUAAGAAAAGCAGCUCUCUCACAUUGUCCCCCUCUCAGUCCAGCCCAGGUGGCAGUGAAAGUUUUGGCACCAAAAAAAUACGCUCCUCCUUUGGACGGGGUUUCUUCAAGAUCCGGGGCGGAAAGAGAACCGCCAGCUCUCCUGAUCUAGGUGAGGCAGAGAGAAAGAGGACCGAGCAUUUAGAUCUGGCUGGAUCUCAAUCUCCCAAACCAAAGGAGCAUGCAAUCUCGCCUGAAAGCAAGAAGAAAGCUAAGGGGAUCCGAAGAUUCUUCGGAAUGAUGAGGAGGAGCCAGUCUACUUCGCUGAACCCGGAAGAUGCUCCCGAGUCAGAGUUCAGUAGAGGCGGCCUUAGAGCCACAGCCGGCCCGAGACUUGGUUGGUCACGUGACUCGCAACGCAGCAACAAUAAUGAGCUUAACACCUCGUUUGCAAGCUGGAGUACAGAGCAGGUGUGUGAGUGGCUGCAGGAGCAGGGCUUCAGUCUGUACGUGAGUCAUGCUCAGCGGUGGAUCCGCUCUGGACAAAUGCUACUAAACGCCUCACAGAAUGAUCUCGAAAAGGAGCUGGGCAUCAGACAUCCUCUACACAGAAAGAAGCUCCAGCUUGCUCUUCAGGCUCUGGGCUCAGAGGAGGACGACGCUAAAAGCAAACUGGACUUCAACUGGGUUACUCGGUGGCUGGAUGACAUUGGACUGCCUCAGUACAAAGCCCAGUUCGACGAGGGCCGGGUGGACGCACGCAUGCUUCACUACAUGACCGUGGAUGAUUUGCUGGGUCUGAAAGUAGUCAGCGUGCUACACCAUCUCAGUAUCAAGAGAGCCAUCCAAGUGCUGCGCAUCAGCAACUACGAGCCCAACUGCCUCCGACGCAGACCAUCUGAUGAGAAUAACAUCACACCAGAAGAGGUGUGCCAGUGGACCAAUCACAGAGUGAUGGAGUGGCUGCGCUCGGUAGACCUGGCGGAGUAUGCACCCAACCUCAGAGGAAGCGGAGUGCACGGAGGACUUAUGGUUCUAGAACCUCGGUUCAACGUUGAGGCCAUGGCCCUCCUCCUGAACAUCCCACCUAAUAAAACGCUCCUGAGGCGUCACCUGGCCACCCACUUUCACCUCCUGAUUGGUGCAGAAGCAGAGAGACUCAAGCAGGAGUGUCUCGAGCAUCCUGACUACACGCUGCUCAAUGCCACAGCGAAAGUGAAGCCGAGACGUCUGUCCUUCGGUGGUUUCGGUACGUUGAGGCGGAAGCGACAGGAGGAGAGUGAAGAAUUUCUGUGUCCUCUAGAAGUGCAGAUGCCCCACAACGGCAGCUUCCACAGGGAAGAGUGCAUCAGUGAGGACAACCUGAACCAGCUGGAGCAGAUGGAGGACUCGGAAGGCACAGUGAAGCAGAUCGGAGCCUUUUCUGAGGGGAUCAACAACCUCACUAGUAUGCUGAAAAAGGACGAGUUCUUCAAGGAUACGCCGUCUCACUCUCCAACUCCAUACACCAACUCCAGCACGUGAGAUGCAGAAGUAAGCCAGUGUUAGCUGAUGAUCCUGGAGAACCAAACAUCUGUUCCUUUACUGUGAUUCUUACAACAAAGCUUCAGUACUAUCAUACUACUAUGAGACUAUGUUCUGGUCUGACAAUCAAAAGCAAUUGACGACAGUGGAAUGUUUUAUUUAUUGCCUUUUACUGUCUACACCAUAAUGUGUUUCAGUGUUCCUUACAAAGUGCACCAAAGACUGCAAACAACAAUCCAAAGAUACUUUAAUCUUGUUUUAGUUUAGAUUACCUCCUUAUUCUUGUACUCGGAUUUAACGUGUCCGUCGACUCCUGCAUUAUAAUCGCAUGUGUUACUGAAUUUCGACGCUUACUGCCUGGCUGAUACAUUGGGAGUAUGGAGUAAUAAUAUUCUCAUUUGAAACAAUUAGUCUGCACAUAACUGGACAGUUAUUCCUUAAAAAACAUGUCUAUGUGAGUGUGAGUGUGUGAGCUUUUAUGAAUUGAAGUCAAUAAAGAUUCUUUGAAUUUUCUUA